UUCACCCUCAGCUCUGUGACCUUCUCAAAAUGGCGUCUUUCCAGUUCCAUUGGCGACGUCAGCGAAGGUGUUCUGGCCUCGGCGUUUCGGUCUUGCACUGAAGGCGCCAAUCAGCCCGGAGAGGAGGUGGACCUCGAUGGGCUCCUCGCUUUGAGAUCCACUUUGAACUGACAUGGAGAAGUUUGGUGUGAACUUUGGUGGUGGCCCCAGUAAGAAAGAACUUUUGGAUACAAUUGAAGCACAGAAGAAGCAGCUAUUCCAAUACCAGACACGCCUGAGAGAUGUUGUCCGUGCUUAUAAAAGCCUCCUCAAAGAAAAGGAGGCAUUGGAAGCUAGUUUGAAAGUCCUUUCUGUUUCUCAAGAGGUGGAUAAGAUUUUACAGAAUGUAGGCCCUGGAAGUACAGUCUCUGACCUUGGAGAUGACCAGAGCUCAGUCCAUAGCGAGGACAGUGUGGGGACAAUGAAUAGUAUGGACACAGCAGCUAGUUUGACCAAUAGCACCAAGGGAGAAUUAAAUGAUGAAGAUAAGGGCUCAGUGGAACUGGUGGCUGGAGGAACCUCUUCCCCAAAAUCUGAGGAAGCUAAUGGUUCUGAAAGUGGUAUUAGUGUUGGGAGUGGGGAACAACAGAGUCACAGUGACACUGAUAAAAUGAUACAGUUGAAGAGUCAGUUGGCAACUCUGACCAAUGCUUUGGCCACUGUCACACAGGAGAAAUCACGAAUGGAGGCCUCCUAUUUAACAGACAAGAAGAAAAUGAGGCAAGAGCUAGAAGACUUGACCCAGAGGUUUGAAGAAGAAAGCACCAAAUAUGAAACAGAGAUGAAUAAAGUCCAAGAUCAGCUCACAGAGGCCAAAGCUCGUAUCAUUACCCAGCAACACGAACGAAGCCGGGAGCAGAGUGACCAUGCCUCAAUGCUUCACGAGCUUCAGAAGUUGCUGCAGGAAGAGAGAGCUUUGCGGCAAGAUGUGGAACUGCAACUAGAAGAUACGAGGGAUAUGUUGACAUCAAAAAGCCACGCUGCAGACAGGGUGGAUGACUGUGAAUCUCAAAUUAAGCAUCUGAGUCGGGCAGUAGAUGAGAUGAAAUGUGCGUUACGGCUUGCUGAAGAAGAGAAGAGAAGACCAGAUCCACGUGUACAAGAAUUGGAGGAAGAAAUGACUGAGACAAAGGCUCAUUAUCAGGCACAGCUUCAGCUGGAAAUAAAGAAGGCUGCUCAGGCACAGGAACAGCUACGCCAUUUUUCUCAAAUGGAGGAAGAACGAGUUGCAAAUUUGGAAAGUAAAGUCUCUGAGCUUUCUGAGCUUCUUGGCACUUAUGACAAGAGCAAACAGAAAGACAAGAUGACAAUUCAUAAACUGAAGGACCGUAUAACUCAGUUGGAUAUGGAGAACAAGACGUUGGCUAUUGCUGCUUCCAACAGAUCCCCAUCAGAUCUAACUAUAGAUGAAUCGAAUCUUGAUGUCAAUAUUUUAAGAGACAAAAUGGAAAAGCUGAAAGGAUUGCUAGUGUUGGCAAUUCAGAAAUCACAGGAACCCUUAGAUGUAGAGAAGCUUUGUGAAGUUGAUAUGACAGGCACACCCGAAACAUCAGAUGGCGAGAAAGCCUCUGUUUUCUAUUAUCAACAAGAAUUGAAACAGCUGAAGGAAGAGUUUGAACGGUACAAGAUGAGGGCUCAAGUUGUGCUCAAAAACAAGAAUGCUAAAGAUGGCAGUACAACCAAAGAACUGGAGAGUUUGCGCGAACAGCUGGCGGAGCUGAAAGAGAAGUAUAUUACCCUUAGACUUGUGUGUGAUGAAAUGGAGACCAAACACACGUGUGAUAUUGAAGCAAAAAAUCUGGAUAUUGUCCAACUCCAAACAGCUCACAAGAAAGAAAUAGAAAAGAUAGAAGGCCACUGUCACGAGAGAGUUAUUAAACUGGAAGAAGAAAUGCACAAGCAUAGAGACAGAGCUCUUGCAGUCUUGGCUGAGAAAGACCGAGAGACUGAAACUCUACGCUCGGGCUCUAGUGGGCUAUCUAGUCAUAGAAACUUUGUUGAGAACAAGUUUUGGUCAGAUGGGGAAGGUCCUCAGAAUGAAGAUCAUCUUCAAGAAGAUUUCUGUCAAGAUAUUCUAAAGCAGACUGCUAAUUUUUCAGGACCCAACGAACCUACUUUUCUUCACUAUGCAGAACAGCUGGCUCGAAAGGAGCUUGAGGUCACAACACUGAGAAAGCAGAAACACCAAAUGGAAGCUGUGGUUCAUGAGCUGGAGGACAGCCUUCUGAUGGAGAAAGAAAAACACAAAGAAGAUGUAGAAGUUCUUCAAGACGAGAUACAGAAACAUCUCAGGGACAAGAAACGUGAAGGAGCAAACUUGGAGUAUGUGAAAAAUGUAACCUACAGAUUCCUGACCUUGCCAGAUGCCCUAGGUCGCCAGCAGACAUUAACUGCCAUUCUCACUGUCCUGCACUUUAGUCCUCAGGAGAAGCAAAAUGUGAUGAAACAGCAAGCCAGCAGCUGGUGGGGUUCUGGCAAAAGAUGAUUUCCACAGAGUUUAUUCUGGACUAUUGUAAUUAUUUGCAGUUGGUUAUUUAAUCCAAAAAUCCACUUUUUCAGGUCUUUCUUACUAAUAGAGUUUUGUAGUGGGGCAUUUCUGUUUCUGUAAGCACUGUAGCUUAGUGUCACUGCCAUUAUCCAGAAAAUAAAAAUCUCCUAAAGCACUUCUAUCUGCCUAACCAGUAACAGUGCUGUAUUUCAUAACAAUGUAGUCGGAAUGGUCUGUAAACUAGUUAUCACUAUGUAGCAAUUUUGAGAGGAUUAAGGACAUGAAACUAACAUGAGACUUUAAAAAAUGGGUUCCUGUAAAGGUUUUUGAAUAAAGUUUCCCAAAGACCUGCUUCAAACUUUGCAGCCAAAAAGCUUUGCUUUGUAAAAUAGCAUCCUUGUUGAUGACAUAAUCUUUCUUUUUUAUUACUGUGUCUGUACUGGAAGCUAAAGGGCCAGUGAGCUCUGUUUUUUUUUCCUCUAGUUCUCUCCUGAUCCUUUUGAUGUGAAGAUUUUGUCUCUGUGCUCUUCAGCACAGGGGUCAAUUUGCCUUAUCGUCUAAAGAGCUUUAUUCCUGCUAUGAAAUAUCAGCCAAAUAAGUGCCAGUUUUAUCUCUGCAAAGAACACUGCUGGGUUGGUGGGUUAAUAAUGCUGGACUGAUUGAGUGUCUAUGUUGCUCUCUCCAAACUUAGGCUUGGAAUCCUUCCCCACUUCUUAAGAAUUCAGUUGUUUAUUCAAAAGACACAUUUCUACAGGUGGUUCCUGAUCACCUGGCAUAGCUUCCAAGGCAACUAAAAUUGGAGAAAGGAUAAAAAUGACAUUUCUUUGGGAUUUCCACUGAAGUCACAGCUAGCUUACAAGAUCAAUUCUCGAUUAGGAAAGUGCCUUGGAAUGUUUUAGCAAAUUGUUGUAGCUGAUUUUAGUGCCCCAACAAAAGGAAAAGUUUAAUUUAUAGAAUCAUAUGCCAUAGGUCAUUGGGCCAUUGUGCUGGCUCUUUGAAAGAGCUUAAUCCCACUUGCCACUUGCAUUGUAGUCCUGUGACUGUUUCCUUUUUAAGUAUUUAUUCAAUUCCCUUUUGAAUGUUACAAUUGAAACUGUUUCCGCCACCUUUUCAGGUAGUGGAUCCACUGGACACUUGUCCUUCCUAAUUUUGAACACUAAUGCACAGGAGUAUUAUAAUUUAUUACAAUACCCUAUAAACCAUGGGUACUUUACAUUUGUUACUCUAGAAUGUGAUAGACCCAUUUAAAUCCAUUCAGUCACAUCGUAUGGACCUUGACUGUAGAUUUGCAGUUACUUUCAUACCACAUUGCUAUUCCAUGCAGGCAUGCUCAUUGUGAUUUCUCCUUAUACCGGAGGUGUGAUAUGAAUUGCUUUGAAAUGUGACUGAUGUGCAGGAUAGCUAAUAAAGGUCCCUCGGAUAAAGGCAGAGCCUUCUUGAUCCAGAUUGGCUAGGAGUGUAUUGCCCUUUUCAUGUCUUGUACUUUAUAGAACUGUUUUAUAACAUUGUACAUGGAAUUGUAGACUUAUGACUCUGUUAGUAAUGAAUGCAUUUGACUUCUUUUGUACAUAACCAUUCAAUUGCAGCAUCUAUUUGAUGUAAAAUCAACAGAUCAAAAAACA